UGACCUGUCUAUUUCGCACCAAAAGUGGAUUCAGUCGUUGGGUGCGACUUUCCUCCUUCUAGACCCCACUUUUGCUCUUAAUAAUUGUAACAUAUUGUGCACUUCGUAUUAGAAUGUCCAUAGAAGAAUUCGCCAAAGUUGGCGUUGGCAAUGUCAGCAGGCUAUCGCCUUGCUCGGUUCAAUGGACUUGCUUUUGCCUAUAAUUGGUAAACAACUUUCUACCGUUGCUUGUAUACUGGUCUGGAUGGUAGCGUAGUGAUGGUAAAUCAGUGUCAAUGCCACCUCCUAGUUCUGUCGGGCACCUGGCCUUGGCUAGGUUCUAUGUUCCUUCGGGCCUACCCUUCAAUGCACAUUUUCUUAAGACGGAAUCUCGCCAAAAGGCAACGGAGGUUACCAGCAGCUGGAGCGGAUGGGCAACGAGCAUGCAUGCCACAGGUCUAGGCUGCGUGGCGUUGGAAGCGCGCUUCCUCAAGUGUUUCAGGUGUGCAUUCGGAUAUAGAGGGCAUUUCUGUGCCCCCAAGAUGCGGGCACUCCCCCGCCCACCGGCCACAUGCUCGGCCAGGGCUGACUGCUGCGGCCCCAACAUGGCUGGCGCCAUAGGUUCCCAGGGGGCCUUAAUCGACUGUUACGUUGUGCCCGGAACGUAUGUGCCCACAAGUUGCCCCACACUUUUCUGGAGGUUGCAUCCACAACGUCCACAUGCGUUCUGGUUGCACUGGGGCGCAUGCACACGUACCACCGGGCGCAUGCACACGUACCACCAAUCCUGCACACAUGUAGUACAUGACGGAGCAGCAUAGAAGACAAGCGGCGCCCAAGGCCCACGUACACUGUCGAAACACCUAAAGAUUGUGAUCACGACAGCCCCCGGGAAGACAAACUAAGAGCACACGCAGACGUUCGCCACCAACACCUCGUGCAAUGUGUCAGGUAUGGGACGUACAGUACACUGUAGGAACAUCUAGAGAGGUCACCCACAACUUUCCUUUUGCAUACCGGUACACAUGCUUCACAAACACACGAUGCGGCUACCCCUGCUGAUACCUUCCCCUGCCUGCCGUUAUAUACCUUCCCCCGUCUCCAACGCCAUCAGCAGCCCUGACGGCGCCGGUACCCCUGCGAUGUACAUUUCACGACACGGAGCGCGAUCGCCUUGGCGAUCGUACGACCCAUGGGUCGGGAGCUGCAUUUUGGGCGGCAUACAGCCUUGGAUAGCAAGAUAAUAGUUGAGUAUUCCUAGAAAUGCAGCACCUACGGGAUCUGACUUCUGGUGUUAGUUUGCUUAGUGACGUCAGCCGCUAUCAAGAGGAUUCAUGCCGCAUGCCUGAACCCUUCACCGUCUUACAUCCAGGAAAUCAACCUUUCAAGUGAUAUAGCGGCUCCCCCUUCGAUCUACUGUACAAGCUUACGCUCACUUUGCAACAAUGGAUACAUGCUAAGGGUGCAACGUUGAAACCAAGUAGCCUCCCACCACGCCUGAGAGAUUGUCAAAGCACAUCAGAUUCCUUACAAUAGGGCGGUAGGUCAGAUAGCAAAAUGGUCCGGAGAAUGCGGACAGCUCACACGGCUCUUCAGCAAGAGCCUCAGCGAAAGCGCUCAGCCAGACAGUUCCAAUAAUGACUCACAGCCCCCACCAGCAAAGAAGCAGGUGACUGGUGCAGCCGCGACCCGCGCAGCAGCAGCCGCAGCAGCGUCCCAGCCCGGCACUUCCGCUGCAACAACGUUAGCAGCUAAGGCGGCAGGAGCAGGUCCUUCUUCGCGCCCGGAUCGAGCGCUACGCAGCAAAGGCCCGGCUCCUCCUCCUUCACCGCUUCCCUCAAGGUCUCCAGCAGCUGCAAAAGAGCCUGCCAACAGCGAUCAUCGGCAACAACAAAAGCAACAAGAGAAGCAGCAGCAGCAGCCUCACGCUCUGCGCAGCCUUCCGAGCAGGGCCGCUCACAAUGGCCUUGCUCCAGCUGCGGCAUCUGGACCUUCUGGGUCCGCAGCCGCAGCAGCAGCUGCUGGUGCGCCUCCAAAAGCAGCGCAGAAAUGUAAAAGAGCCGAAGACCAGGCGCCACAAAAUGCGCCGGGCAGCAAAAGCGCGCGCGGAGGCGAGCACCUUUAGGCGGCUACGGAGCAGCCAACAGCAGUAACACGAACAGCCACAACAACAGCAAGCGAGCGGAGGAGGAGAUGAGCUAAUCGGUUUGGAGCUUGCGGAACUGUACGGCGCAAAAUCGUACGACAAGCAAAACGGGAAGGCUUUCGUCAAGGCGCGCGAUCCCUCGCGCCCCGGGCACUUGCUCAUCGCCACGGCGGCUGACCGGCGGCGCAGCUACUGCCAGCCGGAGGAGGCCGUACGGCGCUGGCUGCUGCCGGGGCAGCUGAAACCGGAGGGGGAGGAGGAGGAGGAGAGCGGGGAGGAGGAGGAGGAAGAGAGCGGGGAGGAUAGCGGGGAGCCAGGAGGAGGAGGCGGAUGAGGAGGAGGGCGAGGAAAGUAAGGAAGAGGAGGGAGGAGGUGCAGCAUCGUCGUCACAGGAGGAGGAGGAGGAGGAGGAGGAGGAGGAGGAGGAGGAGGAGGAGGAGGAGGAGGACGAGGACGAGGAGGAGGAAGAGGACGAGGAAGAGGAAGAGGAAGAGGAAGAGGAAGAGGAGCAGCAGCAGCAGCAGCCGAAGGAGGCUGCGGACGGUAGGCACGCUCCACCCGUUGCGCCCAGGCAGCCCAACCCAACAAGUCAGGCAGGGCGUCCGGCGCCGCCGCGGCGGCCGCUCUGUCCCGCCGCGCCCACGCCCCCACGGCAGCGGCGGGGGCCCCUCAGCAGCAGCAGCAGCAGCCCCGCACGGGCCCAGCUAGGGUCACACGGCGCACGGCAGCAGCAGCAGCAGCAGCAGCUGACGGCGCCGGCCCCUCCUCCGCCGCUCCAAGCGGCACUCGUCACGCCCGUGACGGUGGCGGCGGUGACGGCGGCGGCGGCGGCAGUGGCGACCGCCGGGGCGCUCCUACUGCGGCGGCAGCGCAUCACAGCACUCCUGCUUGCGGCGCUGGGCCCUCCACCGCACCUGCCGCCGGCCCCCUGGCUGACGCCAUCGCCGCUGCCAAGUCCAUAAAGCUGGUUCGCGGCCGCACCCGGCGGGAGGAUGUGGAGGAGUUGAUUGGGGAGGCUGUGAAUGUCCUUGGCUGGGUUUUCGACGACCCCUCAACCACCUUCCGGGGCGAAGUCACUGCACCGGAUGAGACCCAUAAGAACUGCGUCGUCAUGGAUUUCGAGGGGGACGAGCAAAAGUACCGGUACUUCUUUCCGGUGGAGCAAGUGCGGCUGUGGCUGGCGGACACACAGCCCCGGCCCGCCGCCGCCGCCACCGAUGACGCCGCGGAGGCCAGCGGCGGAGGCGGUACCUGCUGCAGCAAGCAACCCAGCAACCGCGGCAGCAGCCGCCGCACCGAGCCAGCCGAGCGCGUCGAGGUGCCGACACCGCAGCCGAUGCUGCAGCACCAGCCAACGGCGCAUCGCCAGCGGCAGGAGGGGCAGCGGCCCGGGGGCACACGGAGGGCGGCGCGGCGUCGGCGGCGGUGGCAGCGGGACCCAGCAGCCGUCCACGUAGGGGCCAGGCCCCUGCUGCGGAAGCUGCCGUACCCACGGGAGCUGCUGCAGCGCCGGAACCUGCAGCGGCGGCGGCGGCGGCGGCAGCCCCCGCAGCUCCCGCGGCGGUUCUGCUGCUGAAGGGCAGCAUGUCGAGGGUGGAGGAGCAGCAGCGGCCGACACCGCCGCCGCAGCGACCGAGGGCACGGCGGCUGGGCGGCGGAGCAGCCGAACCCGCGGCAAGGACAGGGAGGCUGCGGCUGCGGCGCCGACGGCGCUGGUUCAGACCCGGGAGCUUCAGGCCGCAGGUGACGGCACGACGGCUGCGGCCGCCGGCGGCAGUCGGUACAGCACCCGAGCGCGGAAGAGCCAGCAGAAAGGCGCGGCGCCGACGGCGGCGGCGCCGCAGCCCCCGCCGACGGGACCAAGUGGAGCGGCACCGGUAAAGGGUACGACAGGCCCGUCGGCGGCGGCCGCAGAGGGUGGUGUACGACAGCAGCAGCAGCGGCGUCGCGGCCGUGGAGCCGCGGAGGUAACGAAUGCGGCGGAGGUGCUGGCAUCGCUGCCGUCAGGGGGCGCGGGAGGCGCGGGUAGCGCUGAAGGCGGCGUCACAGGUGACGGCGCUCCUGCUGUCACGGGCGUGGAUGCAGGCCCCUCGGCGCCGCCGCAGGCGGUGACCGGUACGGCACCGGAGGCAGCGGCGCCGCCGGCAGCUGCAUCCGUCCCAGGUACGGCACUGGGGCUACAGUCUUCAGCAGCGGCUGCUGGCGCUGCUGGCGGCGGCGGUGGCGGCGACGGCGGCGCGGUCGAGGCCCCAACGGCAGCGCCUCCGCCUCCGCCACCUGUCGGUCUGCAAAUCAUGGCAACGCUGGCGGAAGUGACAGCGCAUGCGGAGGCAGACGUGGACGCAGGCGGCGGCGGCGCUGGGCCAAGCCAAGUGGGCGGCGGCCAUGCGAUUGAUCCGCUGAAGGCGUUAGCGCAGGUGGGACGUAGCGGCCAGCACAUUCGACCGCAUGUGCCUAAACCGGAUGAGGACGACGACGAUGAGGAGGACGAGGAUUACGAAGUGUCUGUUUCAGAGGACGAGGAGGAGUCGGAGAGCGAGAGCGAGCUGUAUAGCGAGAGUGGCACUGACGGCCCCGAUGAUGAUGACGCCGCGACAGCGGCGCCGCUGCUUCAGCUGAUGGCCGCCGCCGCUGCCGCCUUGCCGCCGGCCGGUGAGGCAGGCCCCAGCGGUGCUGCUGUAGGGGCUGCUGCUGGCGCUGACGUCGAUGCGGCCGGUGGCAGCGACGAGGUGGCAGAGGACGCGGUCCUGAUGGCGACGGGUGCCGCCGCUGCACUGGCGAAGGCGGAGGCGGCUGUACAGGGGGAAAGGCUUCCUGAGCCGCUGCCGGCGUCGCCGCCGCGAGACGUAGAGGCAGCGGAUGCGGUGGCAGGUCGCUCCGCCAGCAGCGGCCAGUACGGCAUACAAAGUGCAGGCCGAGUGCGGAUCGUCCAGGCGCUGCCGGCAGCGGCAGGGGGGCCGUCAAACCCGCCGGAGGCGGCACCGCCGGCGGGCCUUAACCGUAUAGGGCAGCUGGCGGAGGCAGCAGCGGCGGCGCAACCCGAUACGAAUGCCACGGGCGCUGGCGGUGGCGAUGCUGCCGAAACAGAUGAUGAUGACGCCAACUCCGAAAGGACUGAGGCUGGCGACGCUGCGGCGGCUGAGCCCAUACUGCAGCUCAAGAACGCCACGGCAGCGGUGGCGGAGGCGGGUUAGUGGGCGGUGGAUCAGCCGCAGGCCAUCCUGUCGGCAGUGGCGAUGGGUGCUGGAGCGCGGCCGUCGGGCAAUGAUGCCGACAGCGGCGGCGGUGAUGGUGGUGGUUCAUCGGGCGUUGCUGCUCUGCCUGUUGAUGCAGCUGAUCCUGCUGACGUGGCGCGCGCCGCCAUGCAGCUGUCGGGCGCCACGGCAGCGCUGGCGGAGGCGGAGGAUGCCGUACACGGGGAGGCAUUGCCGACGCCGUCACCUGCUGGCGGCGGCGGAAGUGGCAGCGGCUCAAAGUCCCGACGCCGUUCGUUGGGUCAUACCCGUAGCUCUGGAGACCCCGGUAGGACAGGUGGCGAUACAAUGGGCAGUGAUGCUGCUGAUGCACCGGUAGCGAUCAGCGGCGCCGCCGCCUCUGGAGGCGGAGAGGGCGGCGGUGGUGAAGGCGGCGCUGCCAACGCUUCGCAGGACGAAGGCGUUUCGCCACCACCAGUGGCGGUGCAAAGUGCCAGCGGGGCGGUUUCUGGCCAUGAUGAAAUGCGGGCUGCAGACAAUGGGGAGAAUUCCGGCGCAGCGGGAACAGUGGCACCGCCGCCUCAUUUGACUGGAGGCGGUGCAUCAGAGGCAGCAGUUGCUGCCGCUGAGCUUUGCGCAGCGGCGAGUCGCGCCGCCGCCGCGGCUCCGUACGGCUCUGCUGGCAGCGCACUCGGCUUGGGAGUGGUGGGGUCUGGUGUCCCUGGUGGUGCUGGCGGCGGCGACGACGUGUCGUACGACAGGCGGCUAGACAACGACGCGCCGCCGGACGCGGCAGCUGCGGAGCACGAGGGCCGCGAGAUUGCUUCACUGAGUCGUACUCUCAGUGGCCACCAGCCGCCGCCCGUCGUGCUUCCGGUCGAUGCCGAUGCUGCUGGCGGCAGCACCAUUGGCGCCGGCGGCUUCUCGCUGGUGCCACCGCCGCCACUGUCUUCGUCGGUCUUUGACGACCUGCCGCAGGAGGAGGAAGCGCUGCGCUACGGUCGGGGCUCCGCUGAUUUGCCUGGUUUGGAGGAAGGGCUGGGGUACGCUGGGGUUUAGGGCCCAGGCUGCCAGGGUUUAGGGUUUCCGGGCUGAAGGUCCUUGGGGUAAGCCAUGCCAUGAGGGCGGCGCGAGAAGUCCAUGCAUGCGUUUUAAACUUUUAAUGUGGACUGGGCGGCAGGGCACGGAUCCGAGGUUGUGUUGAGCACAAGGGGGUUUUCGACAUGGGGCCAGGCCUUUGGUGUGUGGCAUUAUGGAUGGCAGGAUGGGUGUUGCGGUUGGUCACGCACAUGCUUGGAAAGGGUGGUGUGCUUGUGUGGCUGUGUGUGAUGGUUUGAUAAAAAGGGUUGGUCAGGGCACAAGUGUGCGGACUGGGGUUGUGGCACGGUGUGGACUGGCAGGUUAGCGGUAUGGCUUGGUGGCUAGGUCCUCGGCAUGCAAGUGCAUGCACACUAGCAGGC